GGAGCUUUUUUGCAGUCGAGCCCGCUGGUGGGAGAGAUGAACUACCUCGGAUCGCCUGCAGUUACUAGCGCCGCCACUGCCGACGAUGAAUCAAAAAGUUUCCGUCGGGGGAGCCCGUUGACUUCCUUCACGCUCGGCACCUCUCUCAAAGCGCAUGCCACGCGCUUGUCCACGGCCACAGGCAAGCGACGGGUACCUGCGCCAACCUUGGGUCCGGGAGAGAGCUUUAAAGUCCCCGCUCUGGCAGGGGCGUUCCGUACCAACGUGAAGACACGAUCUGCCGGAACGAGCUUGGCGCAAGCUUUUGUUGACGACGCAGGAGCAGCUGCACGCACGCCGGAGACACCAAAAAGAGCGGCGGCCGGGGGAGUCACAACAGUUGCGGUCGAAUUAGCUGCGG